AUGGCAAUCCAACGACAGGCAUCACCCGUCUGUGAUCUCGGUAUAGGUAGUCUCGGUCAAGGAUUACUUGGGUACGCGCAAUUUCCAGGUGGCCCUCCUGAGACCGAUGGUGUGGUUAUCGAUCAUACAGCAUUCGGGACCAUGGGGACUGCAAGGGCGCUAUUUAACCUAGGCCGCACCACAACCCACGAAAUCGGUCACUAUCUGAACUGCUUUUACAUAUGGGGUGAUGAUAAGCUAAUGUAUACUGGCUCGGAUCAGUGCGAAGACACGCUGAACCAAGCUGGAUACAACAGAGGAAAGCCGACGUUUCCUAAUAUCUUAUGUAAUAACGGACCUAACGGGGACCUCUUUAUAAACUACAUAGACUACACAGAUGAUGUAGUCUAUACCAUGUUUACCAAGGGCCAGGUCAAACAGAUGGAUGCGACUCUGUCGGGACCGAGGUCCUCGCUAGUGGUGUCGAAUUUUCAGGAGCCUAUCUUGCAAACGGGUACUGCACUCCACAACACAGACGAUACAUUCGAUUUCGCAAUAACAGACUGGAAUAGCGAUAGACGUCAAGACCUCAUUGCCAUUAAAAAGAGUAACACCGGUUCAAACAGCACGGAGGUGCAUAUUCUCUCAGGGGCUUCAAGAUUUCAACAAUUCAUCCUGCAGACAGGAACUGCACUUUACAAUACAGAUAAUACAUUCGAUUUUACAAUAACGGACUAG